CGUGAGUCACGUGGACGGAAGCUCUGCGCGCGGAGAAGUUUCUGUCUGCGAGCGAGUUCCUUCUUAGAGCGAGUAUACGGAGCUAGUGAGAGGAGAAGUGAGACGGCUCUCCAGGGGAGAUAGCCGCGCCGCAGUCUCUGCCAGGGAUCUGGGGCCCCCGCACACGCGCCUCCAUGAAAUUUCACCCAGAUCGGACUCGAGCCAUAGCGGGUCAUGUGAGAGCGCAUGGACGUAACCACCCGAUUUUUUUUUUUUUUGCGUUAGAGCUUUCCUUCUUGCUAUGGCUCUGGGGUGUGCGUGCUGUCAGUAUCCUAGACUUUCUCCGAAUCCACCCCGAAUGGUUUGCCUGAGAGCGAUCCUGCAGGAGCAGGAGCCAGAAGCGCUCCCCGGGGGUCCCAUUCCUAGGGUAGCUCGAGCACACCGUAAAGGAGCUGGAUGAGAAGCUAAUGUUUAACUCAUGGACUGGCCCAGCGUUAGCUUCCUGGCAAAUAAUAACGGAACUUUUAAAACCUCGAGGUCGAAAUCUAUUCCCUAUGGUCUGGGGAUUGCGCUAAUACCGAAGUGCAACUGAAAGGAAGCGGGCCGUAACUUGAUGGCAAUAGUGAAUGCAGGCAAGUUUGGCGACAAGCGAAGGAGGCUUACUGAGACCAUGUGUGUGACAUGGAAUGAAAAGGAGAGUGAACAAGGUGAUGAGAGGAAGAACGUUUUAUAUUUUCAUAAUCUGACCCAGCAGCUUGGAAAACGUGUGAGGCUCAUGUGAGUGCACACCCAAAUCCUGAGAGGAAAAUGAGAGAAGGAAUUGAAGUGGACCCAUCCCACUUUCCCACUCUGUCCCUCUCUCUGGAUGUCAAACUUGGGACAAUUCGACUCUGAUUUUUACCAAUCUGAAUAUACUAUUGAUACUCAGGAGCAGAGCUGUAAUGACUCCAAUUCCUAUGAAAAUGUUUAUGAAUCUGGCAUACAACAAGCCAGUGAGCAGCCUCAGGCUACUUCUUUCAUUCCACCAGAGAUGCUCAUGCCCUCCGGUUACACAGGACAGCUUUUUCAGCCAACAUCCAGCUCGGAUUAUUAUUCACAAUCUCCUUACAUCGACAGUUUUGAUGAAGAACUUCCUUUGCUAGAAGAACUUGGAAUCAAUUUUGAUCACAUAUGGCAAAAAACCUUGACGGUGCUAAACCCAAUGAAGCCAGCAGAUGGCAGCAUUAUGAAUGAAACAGACCUCGCGGGACCCAUCCUUUUUUGCAUAGCCCUGGGAGCCACCCUGCUUCUGGCAGGGAAAGUUCAGUUCGGUUACGUGUAUGGAAUGAGUGCCCUCGGCUGCCUUGGGAUUCACGCCUUGCUCAACGUAAUGAGCUCUUCUGGGGUGUCAUGUGGCUGCGUGGCCAGUGUGCUGGGUUAUUGCCUGCUCCCCAUGGUCCUCCUGUCAAGCUGCGCCAUCUUUUUUUCAUUGCAGGGCACCUUUGGAACUGUGGCAGCCCUGGUCAUCAUUAGCUGGUGUAGUCUUUCGGCUUCCAAGAUCUUCAUUUCAGCCUUGAACAUGGAAGGACAGCAGCUGCUCAUCGCCUACCCUUGUGCCUUACUUUAUGGACUUUUUGCCCUCCUAACUGUUUUCUGAAAAGUGAGAUGUUAUUGCAAGAUUCUAUUUGUUUGCUGUUCAGACUAUCCUGGCAAUGUAUUAGUAUCCAAAUUUGGUGAUACUUUUUUUUUUUUUAUAUUGCUGUGAAACUAUAAUAUGCAGAGAGACAAAAUAGCACUUAAGGAUGUUGCUCUAAUAGCUGGUUUGGUUUGAAUGAUGUUUUGCUUUUCUGUGUGGUACAUUAAAACAUUUUAAAAUACUUUAAUGUAAAAAGGGACAUAGUUGCUGAAAUGAUGUACAAUGCUUUUCUCAAUGGAUGUAUUUUCAAGAAAUUAUAAGUAAAUAAAAUCAUUGCUUAUAUUUAUAGAGGGAUUGUAUAGUAAGCCUUUUGAGAAGCUUUCAUGGUGGCUCAAGCUGUGUGCAUAUGGUUAAAAAUCACACUGUUCAGCACCUUAGGAGAGUUUAGGGGUAUGUUAUAUACUGUUUUAUUUAUCAAAAGAGUCAAAGAACCUUCUGUUUUUCAAUUCACUUACUUUAACAAUUCUUCUUUGGUCCCAUUUGGGUAAUGAAUUGGUUCACCACUUUCUCAAGACCUAACUUUCUUCUUACUCAGUUUUCAUGCCAUGGCUCAUCACUACAAUUUCUCCUUUGCAUCUAUCCUGAGCAGCUGUGCCAUUUCCUCACUAAGUCUAUGAGUGUUACUGGAGGAAAUUCUACACAUUACCUGGAUUACCACAUCAUAAAUGGUUCCUCGGUGGUGCCCUUGAAACGUAAGCAAAUUCCACUAAAUAUGUUUUUAUACUGUCUGGGAUAAUUGUAAUCACUCACAUCAGUUCUUCCCUACUCUGAUCUCUAACAUUCCUUUCUUAUUUCUCAUUGUUAGUCAAUUCUUUUGUAUUUA